UGCUACAGUUUUGAAGCUUUGACAUAAAACAAAAUGAAUAUUGCCAACAGACACUGGAUUCAAAUUCUGAAAAAUGAUGUAACAAAUCGAUAUUUAUUUAACACUGGAAGAUCAUAUACAUAUAAAAGUGCUUAUGCUCUUGAUAAGCUUUAUCCAACGAGUAACCUAAAACUAUAUACACCAGACUUUGUUCCUGAAAAUCCAGAUGCAAAAUUCAAUGGUUAUAUACCUCUGAAAGAAAUUGAAAUUAAAUACAGCCGCAGCAGUGGCCCUGGAGGACAGCAUGUAAAUAAAACAAAUAGCAAAGUGGAUGUAAGAUUUCAUCUAGAAAGUGCCAAAUGGUUAUCAGACGAGGUUAAAGAGAAGCUAUUAGAAUUGCAUAAAACUAAAUUAUCUAAAGAAGGCUACUUAUCAGUGAAGUCAGAGCUAACAAGAUCUCAACAAUUGAACCUAGCUGAUGCUCUUGAAAAAUUGAGAACUCUAAUAAGAGAUGCCAUCAAACCACCACCAGAAGUAUCUCCAGAGACCCUGGAAUUAAAGAGAAAACAAAAGCUUAAUGCAGCAAGAAAAAGACUCUUUGAAAAACGAAAACAAUCCGAAAAUAAACAAGCUAGAAGAGACUCUGUAAAUUUUUAAUUUUCUGUGUAAAUUAACAUAUUUUUAAGAUAAAUAAAGCUUAAUCGAAAAUGUGUAAUAAUCUA